AUGAAGUAUACGAGCGCUAUAUCCCACAAUGCACUCGCUCAGCGCUACCAGAGCCGAUUGGACAAGUUGAUCGAACAUGGCGAUGCCAAGCCCUUCUUCCUGUGGCAUAUGCUUGUGCUAUUUGGUCUUCCGCUAUCGGCAUUGCUCGUGCUUCAUCAUGAUGGCUCAAGAUUUAUACGGAGAUCAAUUUUCGCCAUAAUUCUGGGCGUGGCUUAUGACUUGAUCGAAAACAGGCGGUCACAGCUGGGUGCGAAUGGCUAUAUGCUGGGCGCGUUGACGACAUAUUGGGUUAUCUGGUGCGCAGCGCUGCUUAUUUUUAAUGAUGUGGAGAAACAAUUCAAACGGAUUGAGAGACGAGCUGCUCCUGCGAAUGUAGGGCCCGAAGACUCUGGGUUUAUUGACAUGGAUAAAGAUGGUAAUUUAGACGGCUGCGAUGCACCAACAAGUGCCUCCGACGGUGGUUCGACCCCGACAGUUGAUCAGAAGCCUGGUGACAACUUAACAAAAAGACAAGGAUCUGAAGAACCUAGGAGUCAGAGAGAGGUGCUUGUAUGGCAGGCAUACCCCCGGUCCUUUCUACACCGUCUUAACUGGGCAUUCGACCUAUUGAGCAACAUGAGAGGCCCUCAAUGGAACUGGCGCGUUUCCACCAUGGGACCCCUUCCAGCAUCUGUCAACGCUCAACUAAACCCAGGGAAACGGGACACCUCACGGGAACUGAGCGACUCAGAACUCCUGGAUGCUAGUACCCGCCUGAAGGUUGCAUUCGGAUCCUUUGUCAAGUCGUACCUCCUCUUGGAUCUCGUCAAGGUUCUCAUGAUGCGAGACCCAUAUUUUAUAGGUAUGGCAUCGCCUGAUAUACCACCACCGUUUCCAUUCGACUACCUUAGUGCCAUCCCGAACGGCGUCACCUUAUACCGUCAUAUGUUGACAGGCUAUGGUGUUUAUAUCGCCCUUUGCUUUGGAACCUCAUUUGGCCCACUAAUAUUCCUUGGACUAUCUGUGGCAUUCCCCACCUUUGCACGCGCCAUAACGUCCGUCCCUCUUGAUGCUCCUUGGCUUUACGCGGAUACUUUUGGUCCAUUUUUCAAAUCUGCUCUGGAACAUGGUCUUGCUGGAUGUUGGGGCCGAUGGUGGCAUCAGCUAUUCCGUGUCGGAUUCACGAAUGCAGGCCGUUGGGUCUUAUCACUGUUACCACAACGACUAGCGACAAAUAACUAUAUCCGGCGUGCCGUCAUCACGUUCGCCGCCUUUUCUCUUAGCGGCCUCCUUCAUGCGUUCGGGAGCCACACACAACUUGGAGAUACGAAGCCAUUCGGCCCGUUUAUGUUCUUCAUUCUCCAAGCUGUCGGAAUCACUAUCGAAGGCACGUUCAAGAGUGUCAUUUUGCCAACACUGCUACCGUACAAGUUACCCCGGUGGCUACGAUGGACUGGAAACGCUUUGUUCGUAUACUUUUGGCUCACGACUACGGGAGGAUAUGCGGCGGACGAUUUUGCAAAGGGUGGUAUGUGGACUACAGAGCCUAUACCCGUUAGUCCAAUUCGUGGCUUAGAUCUGGGUAUUAAAGGGGAGGGUUGGUGGUGUUGGAAGGAGCCCUGGUUCAGCAGGAUAAGGCGUGAGCGGUGGUGGGAGAGUGGAUUGCAGGUUUUGUAA